AUGGCCGGUGCCAUCAGCGGGUGUGAGCAGCGGCUCUGGCACAGGCUGCAGGGUUAUUUUGGAAAAGGAAUUCUGUCUAGAAGCCGUCCAAACUUCACAAUUUCAGAUCCCAAGCUGGUUGCUAAAUGGAAAGAUAUGAAGACAAAUAUGCCUAUAAUCACAUCAAAGAAGUAUCGUCGUAGUGUAGAAUGGGCCACAAAGUUCAUGCGAAGACAGGGGAAGGAUGAGAGUACAGUGCACAGAAUCCUUGAAGAUUACACAAAACCACUUGAGCAUCCUUGCAUAGAACAGAAUGAAGACGUUCCAUUGCAUGAUGAGCUGAACUCUGAAAUGGUUUCCAAAAUAGAAGCCACAGCAGAUAGAAAGGAACUUUCUGUGAUGAACGGAGACUUGAAAACGUCAGAUGAUAUGGAGGAUCCCAGCAAGCCAUCAGACUGCCUGCAGGAAGGCCCUGGGCAUGACCCACUACCUGCAAACGGCUUGGAUGAACCCUUAUUAGAGGUCCCUGUGCCUCUGUCCCAAGCCCAUUGUAGCCAAAAAGAUGUUCUCUCCCAGGGUGGCAGUCAGGACAGCAGCCAACGAGCGGGUCCCCUCUGUGCCAGAGAGCGCGGCCCUGAUGAUGAGUACGUGCUGGUGGAGGAGGUCGUGUGUGAUGUGAGCGAGAAGGAAGAUGCCCCACGUGAGAAAUCGGCACAAACAAAGAGACUAAUCUGCAGAAGAAAUCCAUACAGGAUCUUUGAGUAUUUGCAGCUCAGCCUAGAGGAGGCCUUCUUCCUGGUCUAUGCUCUGGGAUGUCUAAGUGUUUACUCUGGAAAGGAGCCUUUAACGAUUAUGAAACUCUGGAAAGUUUUCACGGCAGUUCAGCCCACAUUCAGGACUACCUAUAUGGCAUACCAUUACUUCCGGAGCAAGGGCUGGGUGCCCAAAGUGGGACUUAAGUACGGAACAGACCUACUGCUGUAUCGAAAAGGACCUCCAUUUUACCAUGCAAGUUAUUCUGUCAUUAUUGAGUUAGUUGAUGACCAUUUUGAGGGCUCUCUUCGAAGACCUUUCAGUUGGAAGUCACUGGCUACCUUGAGCAGAGUUUCAGUGAAUGUCUCCAAGGAACUCCUGCUAUGCUAUCUGAUUAAACCCUCUACCAUGACUGACAAAGAAAUGGAAUCCCCAGAAUGCAUGAAGAGAAUUAAAGUUCAGGAAGUGAUUCUGAGCCGCUGGGUUUCUUCACGGGAGAGGAGUGACCAAGAUGAACUUUAACAGUUUGACCUCAGAAUUCUGAUUUCGCCAAAAAAUAUUUAUUGAGUCUCCUACAAUAAGCCAAGCUCAGGGCGAGGUAAAGAGUCCUUUUAUUGUAAUUGGCCAUUAAUUGGAAAGUUUUAAAGGGCAUGGUGCUCCCCAAACCAGAGAACUAUUAGUGUUUUAAAAAGGAAAUUACAGAGGGGAGAAGAAGAGAGCCCUGUGCCCGGUCAUCAGCUUCUGUCCUCAGUCGGCACUGACCGUGACUGGCCCCAGCUCCUCGCCUCCAGGCCCCACUCUGCAUCCUCAUCUGUUCAGUGAGGAGCUUGGAUAGAUGAGUCUGGCAACAGGGAACCUCUGUUUUACUCUAACCUCUAGAUACUAACAUUAUGUGGCACUCGACAGUUCCCAAAGCAGCACUUCAUGCACAGGCAUCUCGUUACCCACAUCCAAUCUGUUCCCAAGAGAGUGCUGGAAA